AGCAAUUUAUUUACAGCAGUAAUAUCUUUGGGAAGCCUCUGCAAGAAAACGAUAAUGUCAAUAAGCUGUCACGUUAAUGAAUAAGCAAUAGAAAUUCCAGUUCUUGAUUGCAACCUUCUUCGCCCAAUUACCCUUCAAUGGAGCCUGCCCAUAAUCAAGAACCAGAAGAAGAGCUCAAGGCAGAUGUUUUGCCUUUCGCUAGAUCGUAUCAGCUGGAAGCACUCGAGAAAGCGUUGAAGCAGAACACCCUUGUGUUUCUGGAGACUGGUUCUGGAAAGACACUUAUAGCCAUUAUGCUCUUGCGCACCUUUGGCCAUCUUAUUCGGAAGCCUUCUCCUUACAUUGCUGUCUUCUUGGUUCCUACUGUCGUUUUGGUUACCCAGCAAGGGGAAGCAAUAAGGAAGCACACAGACCUGAAAGUGGGAAAGUAUUGGGGAGAAAUGGGCGUUGAUUUCUGGGACGCAUGUAUGUGGAGUCGUGAAGUCGGGCGACAUGAGGUGCUUAUAUUGACACCAGCAAUAUUGCUUUCUGCUCUGAGGCACAACUUUCUUAAGAUUGAGAUGAUAAAGCUUCUGAUAUUUGAUGAGUGCCACAAUGCAAGAGGCAAGCAUCCCUAUUCAUGUAUUAUGAAGGAGUUCUAUCAUAGCCACUUACAAUCAGGAAAUGUGCAGCUUCCAAGGAUAUUUGGGAUGACUGCUUCCCCUAUAAAGACAAAAGCUUCAAGCUCAGGAGAUAGCUAUUGGAAUGGGAUAUGCGCCCUGGAAAACCUUAUGAAUUCAAAGAUCUAUACAUGUGCCAGUGAAUCGGUUUUAGCUGCCUACAUUUCAUUUCCUACUUCUCAAGUGCGGACUUACAGUGAUAUUGGCAUUCCUUACGAAAUGUACGUAAGCAUACAUGAUGACUUACAUAGAUUGAAAGAUGAGUAUAUUGCCAAGUCUAAUCUAUCGAAGUCUACCACCAAGGCUGUAAGGAAAAGAUUAACACGACUUUUGAUGACCUUCUUGUAUUGUUUAGUUGAGCUGGGUGUUUUCUUGGCUCUUAAGGCAGCCGAGUCUUUGUCCUGCAAAGACAAAGACAUCUUUAAUUGGCAGAGAUUGAAUUUGCAUGCUGAAAGUGUUGUCAGAGGUUUUUGUUUAGAUGCAGCUAAGAUCCUCUCAGCUCAUAUGCCUUAUGGAGCACAGUCUUAUGUCAGUAGUGAUCUGCAAGGUGAUACGGAUGCUGGAUAUCUUACUUCCAAGGUCUUUUCUUUAAUUGGGAUUCUUCUUGAUUACAGGGACAUAAAGGACUUGCGAUGUAUCAUUUUUGUUGAGAGGAUUGUCACUGCCAUUGUCCUUCCUUCUCUAUUGAAUGAGCUGCUUCCAAACUUAACUAGAUGGCAGACGAAGUACACUGCAGGAAAUGGAUCGAAGUUGCAGGCUCAAAGUAGGAGUGUGCAAAAUACAACUGUUGAAGAAUUCCGGAAGGGAAUUGUGAACAUUAUUGUUGCAACUUCUAUUCUUGAAGAAGGCUUGGAUGUUCAAAGCUGCAACCUUGUGAUCCGAUUUGAUCCCUCCACAACAGUUUGUAGCUUUAUACAGUCCCGUGGUCGCGCUCGAAUGCAAAACUCACAUUUUGUAUUGUUGGUAAACCGCGAGGACGUAUCUACCCUUGAUAAAGUAAAAAAAUAUCUCGAAAGUGGAGAGAUAAUGAGGAAGGAAUCCUUAAGUCAUGCUUCUCAGCCAUGCUUACCUCUUGAAUCUGAUCAAUAUGAUGAAUAUGCAUACAAAGUAGAUUCUACAGGAGCAAUUGUUAACCUGAGAUCUAGUGUGUCACUGCUUAACCUCUACUGUUCAAGGCUACCCUCUGAUCGGUACUUCAAACCAGCUCCCAGGUAUGAUAUUGACAAAGAUACCAAAACAUGCAUCCUCUAUCUCCCCAAAAGUUGUCAAAUUAAGAAGGUUGAAGUUGAGGGAGAUAUCAAAAUCCUGAAGCAACUUGCAUGUCUAGAAGCUUGCAAACAGCUUCAUCUAGUUGGUGCCUUGACAGACAAUCUUGUACCUGAAAUUAUGGAGGAAAAAGAGGACACACAAGAGACAGGAUGUGUGCAUUACAAUGAUAAGCAGCCAAAAUAUCAUCCACCUGAGUUGAUUGGUUGUCAUGGCAAUGAUCCUGAAACAGUAUUCUAUUGCUACCUUAUUGAGCUUUCUCAGUACUCAUAUCAGGAUACUCAGCUUCAGAAUGUCAUUCUUGCCGUGAAGAUGAAGCUUGAAUUUGGUGAUGAGAAGUUAACUCUUGAUCUGAAUGUUGAUGGGGAUGUCCAGAAAGGGCGUUUUUAUAAUGUUGGGGAGUUCAAGCUAACUUCUGAAAAGAUCAAUAGUUGUAGGAUGUUCCAACUUAUUCUUUUAAGUGCACUUAUGCACAAGGAUUUGAAUAAGUUGGCUGAAGCUUUGGACAGAUCUCGUAAUGUAAUGGGCUUUACAACUUUUGAUUAUCUCCUUCUGCCUUCCUCGGGUUCCAGCAGCAACCCUUCAGUUAAUUGGAGCAUUGUCAAUUCUCUGUGCUUUUCUUCAAGAGACAACAAGACAAAUCAUACAAACUGCUUAUCUAUGCAUGGUUGUAGUCCUGUGCAUACAAAGACUGGUUUGGUGUGUAGCUGCAGGUUGAAGAAUUCUCUCAUAUGCACACCACAUAAUGGCUCUUUAUACUACAUUACUGAUAUUCUGCACACUUCGAAUGGAAAUUCAACUUUGAAGAUGAGAAAAGGGAAAUCCGUAAGUUACAAAGACUAUUUUAAAGAAGGGCAUGGGAUUGAUCUAUCCUAUGAAGGAGAAGCACUUCUUAAUGGGAAAUUUAUGCCUACGGUGCAAAAUUACCUUCAAAAAUCUAGUACUCAGAAAGCACCACGAAAUUCAUCAGUAGAACUGCCUCCUGAAGUUUGUUCAGUAAUAAUGUCUCCAAUAACAUAUGAUAUAUUGUGUUCCUUCACAUAUGUCCCAUCGAUUAUGCAUCGGAUAGAGUCCUUGCUGCUUGCUCUGAACUUGAAAAAACUGCAUAUGGAUCACUGCCCGCAAAAUGUUAAUGUGCCAAUCUAUAAGAUCUUGGAAGCGACGACUACCAAGAAGUGCUUAGAAAACUUUCACCUGGAGUCUUUAGAGACAUUGGGAGACUCGUUUCUAAAAUAUGCUGCGGGUCAACACCUAUUCACAACUUAUCAAAAUGCUCACGAGGGGCUUCUUAGUUUGAAAAAAGAAAAAAUGGUUUCAAAUGCUACAUUGUGCAAGCUGGCAUGCAGCAGGAAUAUUCCUGGAUUUAUUCGCACUGAACCAUUUGAUCCGAAAACAUGGCUCAUUCCUGGAGAUUAUUCCCCAGACAAGAACUUUGAUGUGGACUCGGUAUCGCCUUCAAGGAAGAUCUACAGCAUGGAACGUAGAAAGAUGAAGGGUAAGAGAGUGGCUGAUGCAGUUGAAGCCCUUAUAGGUGCAUAUGUUAGUACUGCUGGAGAAUCAGCUGCUUUAUCAUUCAUGGCAUGGCUUGGUUUGGACAUCCAUUUUGAUGUGAGACUUCCCAUAACAAGGUGCUUCCCCAUCAGUGCGGACAAGUUUGUGAACGUAGAGUAUGUAGAAAAUUUGCUCAAGUAUAAAUUUGGUGAUCCUUCACUGCUUGUUGAAGCUCUCACUCAUGGUUCCUUCAUGCAAUCUGAUAUUCCACGAUGCUAUCAGCGGCUAGAGUUUAUUGGAGAUGCUGUGCUAGACUAUAUUAUCACAGUCCAUCUAUAUUUCAAGCAUCCCGGACUAACGCCUGGUAUAUUAACCGACCUGAGGUCCUGUUCGGUUAACAACGACUGUUAUGCCCUAUGCGCAGUGAAGGCUGAAUUACACAAGCAAGUCCUCUAUUUUUCCACUGACCUUCAGAGGCAUAUAACAGACGCCGUGGAAAGGGUUGAGAAGUUGUGUAUUUCCUCAACCUUUGGAUGGGAAUCAGAGAUAAGCUUCCCUAAGGUGCUUGGAGAUGUUAUUGAGUCUCUUGCAGGGGCAAUCCUCGUUGAUUCCGGUUUCAACAAGGACAAAGUUUAUGAAAGCAUAAUUCCUCUUUUGGAGCCAAUGGUUACCCCAGAAACUCUGACUCUCCAUCCAGUGCGCGAGCUAUAUGAACUGUGCCUAAGUAGGAACUAUAAAAUGAAGAAGCCUCGCGUUACUCUUGAGAAUGGAAUUGCAACCAUUACAAUGGAGGUGGAGGAUGCCAAUGGCGUUACCCACUGCGACUCGUGCACUGCCCCUAACAAAGUUGCAGCCAAGAAACUGUCUUGCAAGAAUCUUUUAAAGAAGUUGAAAUGCCUGAAAGGAUGAGAGGACAUUGCCUUUAUAUGGUCAAUCAUUGGAAUAUCAUAGGCAUUAGAGAGGUUAGUUUUAUGCCACUUUUUUAACACAUUUAUAAGGUUUUUUUGUUUUCACAGGCAUUUGUUGUUUUUGCGAUGUCUUUAAAGGCACACAUCGCACAAACAAACAAUUAUCUGUGAGGACAAAAAAUCUUGUGAGUGUAAAAAAUGGUGGCGUACAAUUUAGCGGGAACAGAUUAGGGUACAUAAAGCACAAUCCUAUAG